CACCAUACAGUAAACAUAAAACAUAAGUAAAUCCCAACCCACCCUUCCCCUUCCUUCACUUCACCCCCUAUAUAUAUACUCAACCUUGAAACAAUCCCAAUUCAUUACACCUCUCCUCUCUUGGACUUGUAUCAUUCAUACAUCAAAAGCACCUUUUUAUCUCCCUCUUGCUUUCUCCCUCCUUCUUUAAACACACAAUUAAAUUAGGUAACAAAAACAAUGGAUGGCAUGAGCUUAAGCUGCACAGAAGAAAGCACAACCAGCGACUCCAUAUCCAUUUCACCCAACAAUCAUCUUCUUCCUACUACUAUCGCUAUGUCCCCAAUUGCCAAGUCAUCACCCCACGCCCACAGCCUCUGCCGCCUCGGCAGCGGAGCCAGCAGCGUCAUUCUCGACUCCGAAAUCAGCAGCGGCGGCGGCGGCGGCGGCAUCGAAGCUGAGUCCCGCAAGCUUCCCUCCUCCAAAUACAAGGGCGUCGUUCCCCAGCCCAACGGCCGCUGGGGCGCCCAGAUUUACGAGAAGCACCAGCGCGUCUGGCUUGGUACCUUCAACGAGGAGGACGAGGCGGCCAAGGCUUACGACGUCGCCGCCCAGCGCUUCCGCGGCCGCGACGCCGUCACCAACUUCAAGCCCUCCCCCACCGCCACCGGCACCGACGACGACGAAAGCGACGACGUCGAGGCCGCCUUCCUCAAUACUCAUUCCAAGUCCGAAAUCGUCGACAUGCUGAGGAAGCACACUUACAAUGACGAGCUGGAGCAGAGCAAGCGCAACAACUACGGCUUCCUCGACGCCAACGGGAAGCGGGCCAGGGCCCACGGCCCAUUGGGCCCGUUCGGGUCCGACCGGGUCCCGAAGGCGCGUGAGCAGCUUUUCGAGAAAGCGGUGACCCCGAGCGAUGUCGGGAAGUUGAACCGUCUCGUGAUCCCAAAGCAGCACGCUGAAAAGCACUUUCCGUUACAAAGCGGAAACAACUUCAACAACCACACUAGCACUAGCACGAGUGGCGGUUCUGCUUGCAAAGGCGUGCUUUUGAAUUUUGAGGACGUCGGGGGAAAAGUAUGGAGGUUCAGGUACUCGUACUGGAACAGCAGUCAAAGUUACGUGUUGACCAAAGGGUGGAGCCGGUUCGUGAAGGAGAAGAACCUGAAAGCCGGUGACAUUGUGAGCUUCCAGAGGUCGACGGGACAGGACAAGCAGCUUUAUAUCGAUUGGAAGCCCAGGAUGAAUGUGAAUAAUAAUAAUAACAGUGGUGUUGGGUCGAACCCGGUUCCGGUUCAGCAGGUUCAGAUGGUUCGGCUAUUUGGGGUCAACAUUUUCAAAAUACCUGGGAGCGGGGGUGGGGCUGUCGUGGAUGCUGCGACUGCUGCUAUUGGUGGAGGUUCUUGCAAUAAUAAUAUAAAUAAUGUUGGGAAAAGAAUGAGGGAGAUGGAGUUGUUGGAAUUAGAGUUUAGCAAGAAGCCAAGGAUCAUUGGAGCUUUGUAACCAUUUUUUUUCUUUCUGUUUUUACUUCCUUUUGCCCUUUUUUGUGAAGUUGCAAAAAGAAAAAAGAAAAAAAGAAAAAAAAAGGGGGCGAAUUGUAAAUUAGUUGGCAAAAAGAAAAGAAAAACAAAUGCUUAAGCUGAAGAAAGCAAAGCUUUGAAAUUAGGUGCAGCAAAUUAAUUUGAUAAAGAAUUUAUUUCAAUCUCAAAGGAUAAGUGUCAA